GACGUGAUGAAGGAAACAUCACUGAAUGAACUUCUACAAGACCAUGAGGAAUCUCCUUUCAGAAGAUCUGACCUUGCAGAAUGGCUGAAAGAGAGAGAAAGAGAGUCUGAGAUAGUUAAAUCAGUCCUCAGACAGCUGAAAAAUGCUGGUGCGCAAGUGGAAGUCAACAUAGACCUGAUUUUGAUGGAUCUGGAAGUUGGAAAUCUGGUCUGUUUCAUGUUCACAUCAUUGAACUGGUCAGACAUGCUGCUUCUUCAACAAAAGGCCUGUUUGAGUCCUUCAGCAAAAGGAGGAAAUGAUGAGAGCAGCCCUGAUCGAAAGCAAAAGUCUUGGCUUAGUCCUGAGAUCCAAAAGACCAUGAGGAGCAACCUGAAGAUGUUUAAGAACUUGAUCGAUUUGAAUGACAGUACAUCAAACAUGUUUAUCGUGUCCUCAAGAGAAAUGAAGAAUAAUCCAGGUUCCUGCAUUCUGCUGUAUGAAAGGGAAUGUGAUGAAGCUGUUUGCUUUAUUCCUCCAUCUCCGCCAGCCUGUCCAGUCAUCGAAGAGGUCAAAGAAAACACCGUAGUUGUAAAGGUUCCUCCAUCGUGUCCUGAUACAGUGGAGAUCAAGUUACUGUAUAAACCGAAGCAGGACUCAGUCUGGACAUCUGAACCUUUGAUGAAGGAUCAAGACGUAGUUACUCUGACUGAUCUGAGAUCAGGAACUGAAUACGAGAUCAAAUGUGCAGCGCUGGGGAAACUCAACUACACCACAGACAGUGACGUCAUUGAAGUUACCACAGAGGUAUGA